AUGUCAUCGCAACAACCUUCAACACCAAAAGUAAUCCUUAGUAAUACUCUACCAGCAAACGGUGUAUUACCAGUGGGUAGUAUUACUAAUUUUUAUAUGGACAGACCAGGUUGCAGUGCAUCGUCACAAAUAGAUACCUCAGUUAGAACACCUGUACAGUCAACAGGUGUAGCGGUACAAUCAUAUCAAGAUGACGAAGAAGGAAUUGAUUGUUCACCUUGUUGCAGUAAUGAUGCUGUUAGACGAACAUUCCGAAAUAUCGUUUAUGGACAAAUUCUGUCUCUUUGUUUGUGUGGUACAGGAGUUAGCAGUCAGUUGUUGAGCAAUAAAGAAGUAAACACUCCAACAGCUCAAAGUUUUCUCAAUUAUUUCCUUCUAUCAUUUAUUUAUGGAUCAAUGCUGGUAUUUCGAAAAGGUGAAAAUUCAUUUUUAACAGUGCUCAGGAAGCGUGGAUGGCAUUACUUGCUAUUAUCAGUUGUAGACGUUGAAGCUAAUUAUAUCAUUGUUUAUGCUUAUCAAUUUUCCAAUUUGACUAGUAUACAGUUGUUGGAUUGCUCAACAAUACCAGUAGUGUUGCUUUUGUCGUGGUUAUUUUUGUCCACCCGCUACCUCUUGACGCAUAUUAUUGGUGUGGGAAUGUGCCUUAUUGGGAUUGCUGUCCUGAUAUGGGCUGAUGCUCUGGAAGGAAAAGGUGCUAUAGGAGGUUCAAAUCGAGUAUUGGGUGAUGUGUUGUGCUUGACAGGUUCUGUGCUGUAUGCAGUAGGUAAUAUUAGUGAAGAAUUUUUGAUAAAACAAAAUAAUCGAGUGGAAUAUCUUGGUAUGAUUGGUUUAUUCGGCUCUAUCAUCUCAGGGAUACAACUAGCAGUGCUAGAACAUAAUGAGUUAGCAUCAAUUAACUGGUCAGGAACUAUUGUGAUGUUAUACCUCCUGUUUGCUGCCUGUAUGUUUCUAUUUUAUUCAAUGGUCAGCGUGGUUGUACAAAAUUCUUCUGCUCUUAUGUUCAACUUAUCAAUACUUACUGCCGAUUUUUAUACUCUUCUUUUCGGCUUAUUGCUUUUUCAAUAUGAAUUUUAUUGGUUGUACAUUGGCUCAUUUCUGAUAAUAAUUACUGGUUCUAUCAUGUACUCAAUUCGAGAGCCACAAAUAAGAGAUCCAGGUGAACCACGUAUUAUAUGUUGCUUAUUAUGCCGGUGUUGUAUAAAUGAUGAUCACCAGAUACCGCAUACUUCUCAGCAGUUUUACAUGUCACCAAUAUCGACUGGUGGUGAUAUUGGGAUUGGAUUAGCAAAUAAUACUGUUGUUUCUGGUAAAACAGAAUCACAUGCCAGAAUAACAAAUAUUCAACAAUGUCCAAUACAUGGUCGACAAUUACCUUUCGUACAGCAUCAACAGCCUGGUGAUGAUUCUUCAGAACAUUAUGCAUAG